ACCUUCAAAGUUAGUCAGAUAUUCUCACACCUUCUGCGGGCCUAGUACAUCUCUAGAAAAUGGCUUUAUUUUUAAUACUCUUCUUAUUUUGUGCAACGACCACCUCUUUACCUAUAGAGGACGAGGACGUAGUUAUAAUCUCUGAUGAUUUCUUGAGUUCGAAUCGGAUCGAGGGAGAUGGGGAAAUCGACGUGUCUGACCUGGGACCACAGGCGUAUGGGGUGCCAAAAAAUGAAAGCGGAGCAGCCCUAUCGGAGUGGACUAACUCGUCCUUGAUGAACCCUGAAGAAAUGGGCGGCUACCUAGAGGGAGACAUCUUGAUACCGGGUCUGGCCAGGAAUGGAAUGAGGGACAAGACAUCGCGGUGGACAAACGGCAUCAUCCCUUAUAUUAUCGACGGCAGUUUUAAUCUGGAGCAGAAAGACACAAUUCGUAUGGCCAUAGCUGACUACCACCGCCUGACGUGUUUGCGGUUCGUCCCCUACAGUGGACAAAGCGACUACAUCAUCAUCAAAAGUUCCAAAACUGGCUGCUGGUCCAGCGUCGGGAGACUUGGUGGCCGUCAAGAGGUAAAUCUACAAGCACCUGGAUGUGUCUCCAAAAAGGGUACGGUGCUGCAUGAGCUUCUCCACGCCAUAGGGUUCAUGCACGAGCAGAGUCGGCCAGAGAGAGACGACUUUGUAACAAUUCAUUACGAAAACGUCAAACCUGGUACCGAGAUAAAUUUCAAGAAAUCUGACGUGAAAAGAACUGAUAACUUCGGCAUUGGCUACGACUACAACAGUGUGAUGCACUACUCAGAAUUUGCCUUCUCUAGAAACUCCAAGAAAACAAUUGAUCCCAAGGUCAGCAACACGAAGAUCGGUCAAAGAGAAGGUCUCAGCCGAGGGGAUGUAAAGAAAGUAAACAACAUGUAUAAUUGUAAAAAGGAAGCACCCCCCAGCUCUGAAGGUAUUGUGGAGAAGUCUACAGAGAAGCCACAAAAUUCCUCACCAACUAGAGAGCCACAAACAGGGUGGUUGGGUUCCAUUUGGCAAAGUUUUUUCGGCGAUAAGAAAUCCGAUUCCGACGCGGUCGUCUUGUGAAAAUGACAAUAUUAUAUGCCAAACAAUAAUUUAUAUUAUUAAUAAGAGAAAGUAAUUA